AUUAUUUUCAUGAAAAAAAAACUAUAUUAUUUUAUUCCAUUUUGUUAAACACUCUUGUAAAAAACGUUUUUUUUCAUGUUUUUUUUGUGUGAUUUCGCGGAAUGGAACUACGAACCAUGUUGAACGAUUAGACUUCCUUUUCCAUUACGCUACCGAGCAGACAAGUUGAAAAUGGCAGCUAAUAAAUUGUAUCUUGGUAAAGUAAAGAUGUUGGACAACGGUUUUGUAAGUUUUUGUCGAAUAAUUUUUAAAAUAUUUAGUAAUUUUCUCUAUUCCACGUGGGUUUCUUUUUUUUCGCGUCUACCAAAUAGUACGAAUGUAUAGAUUGUCAAUUGGUUUAUUGUGAGAAGCGGUUCUUUAGAGGACAUCAGCUUGUAAAUUGUGCAUUAAAUAAAGAGAAAGAAACUAGUAACAUGGAAUUAAUAUCAGUUAAAAAAGUUCAAAAAAGUAAUACUAAAAGACCGUUUAAAUGCGAAAGUUGUAGAGCCAGGUUCUUUGAUAGACAAAAUCUUAAAAAGCACUUGGUUAUACACCUAGAAGAUAAUGAGGAUAAUAAGAUAAUUUUGGGAAAAGUUUAUCUUACUAUCAAGAAGAUUAAGAAUUAUAAAAUUGAAGCUUUGUCGUCUAUUAGUAAAGAUAGAUCGUUGGCUAUCUAUUUGGGUAAAAACCGUAAAAAUGAAGAGGUACAACUUACCCAUUUUCAAGUGUUCAAUAAAGUUGAAUCUGAUAUAUUGCGGCUGAAGCACGAAAAUAUAAUUCUAUUGAUUGACUCUUUUGUGUUUAAAAAGAAGUUUGUUUUUGUAUUCGAGAGAGGUAAUACGACGCUUCGUCAAGAGAUACACGAAAAUGCCAUGUUAACUAUCGCAAUGAUAAAGCAAUAUGUUUAUCAAAUGAAGAACGGUUUAUUAUUCCUACACGAGAAUGGCUUUGGUCACGGUAAUUUAAAACCUGAUUGUAUUCUUAUUAAAAGUGGAACCAUCAAGUUUUCCGGCUUUAGGCAUGCAUUUAGAUUGGCCAACCCUUGUAGAUUGGAAGGCGUAACCAAUUUUACCUACCAUGCACCGGAAGUUAUAUUGAACAAGGAACUUAGCGACAAAGCCGACAUCUGGGCCUUGGGCGUAAUGAUCUACGAACUAUGUUAUAAAAAGCAUCCAUUCUACGGACACGACCAGCAGCAACUUCGAAGCAAUAUACUAAAUUAUCAUAAACAAGUGUGCGACACGUUUAUUGACAAUGAUAUAUUAAGAUUUUUAUGCGAAGCUGUAAAGCGUCAAAAGCACGAUCGUCGCCUAUACAAUUUCCAAUUAAAAUAGUAUUCUAUCUAUCUUAUAAUUAAAUACAAACUUUUAUUUAUUUAAUUAAAUUUAUUUGUUUUUUAACACGCAUAAAUGAUGAGUUUUUACUGAAAUCGGAAAUGUAAGUGUACUUUCUUGCCGACAAGAUGGAUAUAGAAGGAUAUACAAGGAUUCAGUUAAGAAUUGGAUGAAUGAUACUUACCCAUUGUUACUAAUGUUAGAAGGGAUUAGUUCUCAACAAACCUAUGUCAAAAGUAUGUCAUGUUUUGCAAACUUUUCAACAAUUAAUUAUUUAUAUAUAUAGUAUAGAGGAAUCUUCCAACUCUAUUAUCGUUUCAGGAUUUUUCGAUAUAACGAAAGUAACCUUGACCUUUCGUAUAUUAAUAAUAUUAGGCAUACGGCCUAAUCAGGGAGGAAAUGAAUACUUUUGUCUUUUUUUUUAAAUGUGCUUGAUUAAGUGUAUUUUAGAGUAAAUCGUAUUUUAUUUUGCUGGAGUUUAAACAUCUUUGCAGGAGAGGCAGCAAUAUUGACCAACUUGUCUGCAAAAAUUAGCACCGUAUUGCGAUGCUCCGUCACUACAACCUACUACAUUGCUAUUAUCGCCAUAGACGGUAACUCUGAUAUUUUCAUCUAUGCAGGGCGGCGUUGGAACAGUUUGAACGAUGGGCGGUCCGCCUUCGCUCUCUCCUCUAUCGCAAUCCUUUCCUCCACUUCCGGCUGGACAUUCGCAUACGUAAGCGGAGCUACCGUAUUGGCGGCAUACGCCGCUGUUCUUGCAAGGAUUCGGAUCGCAAGCGGAAUUCGAGUUGGCUAUCUGAGUGUUGGCCCGAGUCAAACCCAUUUCGCUACACUUCUUGCAGCAGUCGUCUUCAACGCCGCUAAAACACUCUUCCGGAUAGUGGGUAACAUACUCUUCGCAAGACGUAACCAGUCUAUACGAUCUAUCGAUAUAGGUUCGAAUAUUCAAUGCCGUAUUAGUACAACCAGGCGGAACGGUCCUUUGCAAAGUCACUCCCGACGUACAAUCGGAAUUAUGGUUCUUCAUUCUACGGAAACUUAACUGGGACGAAUGGACGCAAUUACCCUUAAUACAUACUUUAUCCUCGCCGCAAGGACUUCCGUCCUCCGCUCCCGGAUCUUGCGCACGGCAAUACAUUCCUACCUUACAAACAAGACGUUGACAAACAUUAUCUCUUUCGUUUGUGCAUCUGUCGUCAGGAGCGGCUCCGUUGCCGAAUAUCAAUACGCAUUGUUCUUCCAACGAAUAAAUAGCGCCCGGAGCUUGAUUGUCCUGAGUGAUUUCAUCCUGAUUGAAUGCGUCGUUUCCGCAUACUUUAUUCAUAAUGCAAGUUCUGGGGAAUCCGUCUUUGUCAUUUCCGUUAAUGGAUUCGUAAAUGGCAUCAAUUGAGCAUUGACUAAACGCGAAAGAAUUUCUUAUACUGGCAACAUGGAGACUACCAAAUGAGGGUGACAUAAUAUUUUUAUCGUUCGGUGAACACGCUGCGCUGGUUUCCAUUCCAUCAUGAUAGGAUCCAAGAUUAUGAGCCAACUCGUGAGCGGCAAUUUUCCAAGAGCUCAUACCAAUAUAUUCGUUAACCGACGUUCCCGUCUCCGUACACACUCUCGCAACGUAAGACACUCCGACUGUAGUGUAACUGGAACUGCUGUAUAAAUCUUUCUUGGUCCAUAGAAACGUAUGAUCCCAAUCCAUCCAAUCUUCUCCACCCGUAUUGGUAGGAUCUCUCAUCCACGUGGUCAAGCGUUUCAACGAUUCCCUGGCAUCGAUUGCCUCUCUACCGCUAUUCGACCUAACCCUUAACGGACUGGGUCCAUCCGUAAAUGGACAAUUUUCUUUUUGUCUAAUAAUCAUCAUUUUCUUAACAAAUACGGAAAUCAUAUAUCUGGGAUCGUUGAUUCUUCUAUACGCAAGAUCAACUCCGUUCAUGAUAUGAAAAAACUGGUAUCUAAUCUUUGAAACAGCCUCAUUUUCGUCAUUUCCGGAUGUGAUUUGAAGGAAAAAAUCCCAAAUAGUAUAGUCGAUAAUAUUUACAGCUUCAACGUGAUAAUGAGGUUUAGCUACUGAUCUCUUCAUAUUAUCUUUAAUCCUUUCUUCAACCUUGAAUGAUAUAGGUUGACUACUGGCGUCUCUUUCCGAUGGAGACGGUGUAUCGAUAAAAUGCUCUCCAUCUUCGUUGUUAAUUGUAGGAGAGAUAAGAAUUUCCAUACCGCGGUGUUCGAAUUUUCCUUCAAUAGAUCUUUUCACUCUUCCGUCGAUUAUCUUCUCGGAGACCAUAACUGCGGCUCCCGAAUUGAUGUCUUGAUAGGGAAAAACACCUUUCAGAUGGCCUUUAGCCAAUUCUCGAUUUUCGAAUUCAAUCUUCAUAUUCGGGUUAAUAUCGGCGUUUCUCUUCAAUUCGAGUGAGACGAUCUCAUCUUCGACGGGAACGUCAACGUGAAUUUCAUAAUGAUCAUUGGGAGAACGUUGAACCCUUUUGAAAUUUUGAAUUUUCACCAUUCUACGAUCCGUAAAAACCGGAACGCCUGUAGAAAAGCCAACAACAAGUCCAACAACGCCAAUUAGCAAUAGGAAGAGAUUCAUCAUUCAUUCAUUCAUUCAACAACAAUCAUCAUUCAGUUCUUACUUAAAUACUCUUCUAUCUCUUUUGUUCUAAAAUUUUAUUAGGAUGUAAAAAUGCCCUUAAAAACAGAUACGGCGUACGGGUAUUUUGUUCCCCUCUUACAUCUGUUCCAUCAGUAACAAAUGAUUCUUCCUACACAAAAUAAAUUUUAAACAAUAUCAUUUAAUUACUAUUUGUCACAGAUACAGGAAUACCUAUUGUCCGCCAGAGGGAG